AUGGGGAAGAGGAAGAACGCCGCAAAUACAGACGGCGGCGCCACCACGCCGCUUUCACUUCCGCCGUUUCUCCGAACCCUACUAUCUUCCCUAUUCAGCAUCGCCUCUGAAAACUCCUCCUUCUUACCCCCUCUUAGCUUCAAACUACUGCAAACCCUUCGUUUCAUAAUCCUCACCUUCUACCUUUUUCUCCUUCGUUUCAUUCCUUCUAUUUUCUUCAUCGACAAUAACGAAGACACCGUUAAAUUCAACAACCAUAAGUCUCAUACUAAUAAACGAAACGACACCGCAAUAGGACGCGCUCUUUCUCAGCUUCUCUCUGCGUUAAACGAUAUUCCGGUCAGUUCAAGAAAAUACGAAGUUGUUCGAUCGUUAACGGAGAAGAUUAUCGACGAUAAUCAUCUCGACGGCGUCCAUUCGUUGCGGGAAGUUAAUCGAGUUGCUUUGUCCGGAGGUUUUGGGAGGGCGUUGAGGCAGUUGGAAAGGAAGGUGGUGGAGAGAGAAGGAGAGGUUGAAGGGGAAGGUGAUAGAGAUGGAAGACAGUACUAUAUGGUGAUGAAGCGUAGGAUAUGGUGGGUGGUGAGGAUGGUGAGAUGGAGGGUGAGAGGAGGAGAGGGAGGUUUGGAUGGUGUUCCGGCGGAGAAGUUGGCGGCGGAGUUGGUUUGGAUGGUUAAGAAGAUGGUGGAUUGCGGUUGUGUUGAUGAAGCGAUUCGGAGAUGGGCGGCCGCCUCUAAUUUGGGAGUUUUGGCUCUUUCGGCUGACCCUCGUUUACAGACUUCGCUUGUCAAACUUACUGCAUUCCUAUUCAAAGAAGCCAGAGACUUUGGCAUAGACGAAAUCGAGGAAAGCAAGAUGAAGCAAUGCAUGCAGGUAAAGCUAAAGAUGUUACAGACAUGGCUUCCAUUGUUGUGCAGGGCUAGUAAUGGCGCCGACGCCCCAUCAUUGAGCAUCACUGAGAGGGCUGAGUUAGAGAGCGUGUUGGAAAGCAUUAUAGAGGCGUUAGAACAAGAGAAGCAAGAACAGGUUCUUUCUCUUUGGCUCCAUCAUUUUACACAUUGCUCGUCCUCUGAUUGGCCGAAUCUCCAUUCAUGUUAUGCGCGUUGGUGCUGCAAAUCUCGCAAGCAGUUGUUGCUUUCGAAUGAAAAUUGA